CGCGAACUUCGAGAAAUUCAGCACUUGCUACCAUGACUUCAUCAUUCGAGCCGUCACUGUCGACGAGUGGCAUGCGCCCUCCUCUUGCCUCGGCGGAUGCCCCGUCCAUGGCCGACUCGCUGCCCAGCAUCAACUUUGGAUUCGAAGACCUGCGCAAUCGCAUGGCUCAGUUCACAGCCAAAUUCGAUGCAUUUAUCGAGCGAGGCCGCAAGCAAGUCCUGGAGGAAAGAAAUCAAUUCCAUAUCAACCUCGCCGAACUACAAGAGGACGAACGAAUGCGACAGCGAGACAUUGAAAUCCUCAGUCUCAAAAGCCAAACACACGAUCAGACACUUCAGAAGGAGGCAGCCGAGGCCGCCGAGAUGCACGCGGCCAUCUCCUCCAUUACGUUGGAACGUGACGCGCGACUUGCCAAACGUGACCGCCUCAAGCAGCAGAUCGCAGAGACCCAAAAAGCGAUUAAUCAAAAGGUGGAGGCACAGAAAGCCCACGCGAAACAUUUGGACGCCCAGUCUCGACUUAACUUUCCCGAGCUGGAGUUUUGGCAGGACUACCUUUGUUUACGGAUUGAGGGGGCAGGCCGAGAGGAUCGGUUGAAAUUCGUUUACAGCCACCUGCUAGAGAAGGACUGGGAAGCCGAAGCCUGGUUCGAAUUAGGAACUGCCAGCCGAGACUACGAGGUCUUCCAUACGCGACCCAAAGUGGAUCGGGAUGCGUUAGAACGCGAGGUGGAUCUGGUCAAUGAUGACCGAGAUUUUGGGGCUUUCCUUAAGCGAAUGCGCAAGUUGUUUAUGGAGACGAUGAACUGA